UCUCCCUCAAGGUGUCAUCUCGAGGCGCCGGGACGAUGACUGAAGCCCUUUUCCUCACAUUCCAGUCGCAGCUGUCGGUGGUGAUGGAGACCGUCCUGAAGUCCGCCAUGUUCGAGAUCACACGGCUGGUGGAGGACAGUUUCCUGGAGGAAGUGGGUCACCAUAAGCAGGAGGUGGAGGUGCUGAAACUGAGGCUGCAGCUGUCCGAGAGUAAGCUGAGGGAGAAGGAGAGGGAGCGGGAAUGGGAGAAGGAGAGGGAGCGGGGCAGGAGGACACAGUGUCCGGAUUGUGGCCGGACAGGAGACUCCAGCAGCAGAGACGAGAGCCAGACUGUCGAAACCGCUCAGGGAGCAGACACCCUUUGUCUAGGCCUAAGUCUGAGAGAACAAUCCGCCAAUCCGUCUGCACUGACUGAAGAAAUGUGGAGCACCAGACAACGCCUGGAGUCUAACAAACAAACAACAACAACAACAACAACUACUACAAACACACACUCGAAAGAGAAGAGCGACACACAUAGGCAAAAAACAAAAGAGAUCAUCGCACCUCACUCCAAUGCACAAGUUCCACAGGAUUUCCUGCAGAGGCUUCUAGGCAGUUCUGUCCUUCAGAGCGAGUCCACUAGUGACUUCAAACCCCGAGAACAACCCGAAAAAGACUUCACUCUUGACAAGGAGAUGCACUCAGAUCACUCGGGACUGCUGCAAAGUCCUCCUUCCCAGGAUGUGCACAAGGACUCGCCGUUAUCGUCACCAAAUGGACGAGUAAAAUCAGAAAUCCAGCUGGAUCUCCUACCUGUCAAAGAAGAGGAGGAGAUGGUUCCGGUGUGGGACAGCAUCAACAGAGACGAAGAUGAAAUGGCCGAUCCCGGUCAGGCAGAGCUCAGAGGAUCUUGUGAUCAGGAGGAGAUACAGAUUGGCCAAAGGUUUGCAGAACAUUCUUCAACUGAACAGGGAAAUUCACAACCCAUAAACAAGCAGAGAACAUUCAGUGUGGUGGCCAGAGAGGUCCUGACUCAGUUUCAGGUGUGGCAGAAGGCCUCCUAUAGCAGGAACAUUGAUUGGAGCCCGAUUACAGCAAAGAUUAUAUCUAAACUGCCGCAGUUUUAUGGCCGGGAGGCAGAGCUGAUUGUACGAUGUACUAAGAUGCUACACAACCGCAGGGAUUACCUUCGAAGAAGAGCAAAGGAAUCUGCUUUGGAGCGAAAUCUUUUACCUAUGGGCCAGAGAUAUCUUAUACAGCUUCAAAGAGGUGAUGUUCAAAAUGUGAAGUUGUGAAUAAAAUUUAGUUCUGUGUAACAUUG